UGUUGACCUUCUUCGUGUUCACAGGAAUGUCUAGCCUCUUGCUGAUUGGGGACAUCAUGCCUGAUAUGAAAAACUGGUCUUGUAUCAUCACAGUCCAGGAGAAACAACAGGUGACAGAUUCUAUGGGAACACCAACCAAGAAGCAAAAGUUUGUCUUUUAUGAUUCAGAGAGCUCUAAAGUCGAAGGGAUAAUCUUCAAUGCUGAUAUUGCGAGAAUGAGUCCUAUGCUGCAAGUUUAUAAAAAAUAUAAGAUUUCAAAUGCUGAUGUCAGGAAUAUUCCGCCAAAGUUUCAGACUCUUGGAUUAACCAAACAGUGGGUGAUCACUUCAAAAACUGUCAUUGAAGAAGUCAAUGGCAGUGAAGACAUUAUGCCUGUUAAAUUUAGUUUUACUCAAUUUGCUGAUUUAGCUGAAUACAUGGACGAUAGAAGCAAGUCCGUCGAUGUGCUUGGAGUAGUGAUCAGUUCAUUGGCUAAGAAAACGAUCACUAAAAACUCCAAACAGUCAAAUGUUCAAAAAUUUGUCCUCCUUAAUGAAGAGUCCCAAACUGUCCUGCUUUCUCUAUGGGAUGAUUUUCUGAACAAUGAAGGUCAAGUUUUGUUGAAUAACAUGCAAAGCUAUCCCGUUAUCAUUGGUCGAAGGCUGAAAGUUACCAACUACAAUGGUGUUGCUCUCUCUACUUGGUUCGAUUCUGCACUCCUUGUUGAUCCACCAAUACAGGAAGCAAGGCAGCUCAAGAAUUGGGCAAUGAGAAAUGCUAAGUUGAUUGCUGAAAUCAUUGAUGCAAAGAGUUAUAUUAAGUACAAUCCUGCGCUUUGUUUCAAACCAGAUCAGAAAACUACUCUGAUUUGCAAUGUUAUCCCAUCACAGAAGACUGCCUGGGUGAAGGCAAAGCUCUCUUUUGACCAUAUCUUCCAAAAAUAUUGGUAUAUGAGCUGUGCAAAGUGUUGCCGAGCUACUGCAGCAGACUACGGAAUUGAGUUUACUUGUAACUCGUGUAAAGAGAAGGGCCCUGCUAUGCCUAGGUGCCGCUUUGACGUUGAUUUGAGCGACGACAGUGGAGUUAUACCUGCUUCUAUCUUUGGAGAUCUAGCAGAAAAUAUUCUCACCUUUACUGCCCUUGAAGCAAUGGAUCAUUUUAAUCAGAAUCUUGAACUACCACUUGACUUUGUUCAUGCUCGGCUUAAAACGAAGACAUUUUUGGUUCACAUUAAACCAGUCCAAACACAGCUCGCUGAUGCUAGACAGCGUUAUACAAUUCUAUAUUGCUCUGAAGUUGAACCAGAAUUCGGUCAUGCUCAGUUAACAGGUGAACCAGAAUCUGUCUCGGUUUCGGCUCACCAACAAACUGAAAAUGAACACUUACUGAUGACAGGAGAUGGUGGUUCAGGCUCAAAAGUGCGUCUUCGACUCAGUCAGAAGUUUGAUGAAGCAGAAACAGUCGACAGCAAUGACUUUAAAAGUUCAGAUGCCAACUCCAAAAAGAAAGCAAAAUUAGGCUGAACUGCCCUCGUUUCCUUUUGGACUGCUUCGAACAUUAAUAUUUUUUGCUUUCUGUCAUCUGCACUUCUAUACUUAGGCAGAUUGUUUAUGACUUUUGGAAAUGCUGCUCACCUGUUCACAAUUCCUUCACUUUUGUACCUGGUUAUCUGCUAACCAGCUUUUGUCAUGAUCAAUGAACUUUGAUAAUAGCACCUGUAUCAAAGUUCUUGCCAGGCUUUCAAAGAUUGACUGAAAUCCUCCAUCUUUGACAGCAUGAGGAUUUCACAGAUAUCUUUUAAUCCCUGACGAUGAACUCCC